GCCCCCGCCCCAUCUUCCCGCUUCCCGCCGGCGCCCCCAGGUAGUGCCGAAGAUCCGCGGGACCAUGGCAGCAGUGACCAUGACGGUGCCCGGGCGGAAGGCUCCCCCCAGGACGGGCCCGGUGCCCGAGGCGGCCCAGCCCUACCUGUUCACAGCCCAUGGGCCAAGCUUGGGUGUCGGGCCUGGGGGCUUGGCCACCUCCCCGGAGUGGACCGCGCGGCGCCUGGUGUGGGUGCCUUCGGAGCUGCACGGGUUCGAGGCGGCGGUGCUGCGAGAUGAGGGCGAGGAAGAGGCCGAGGUGGAGCUGGCGGAGAGCGGACGGCGGCUGCGGCUGCCUCGGGACCAUGUCCAGCGCAUGAACCCGCCCAAGUUCAGCAAAGCCGAGGACAUGGCCGAGCUGACCUGCCUCAACGAGGCCUCGGUGCUGCACAACCUCCGCGAGCGCUACUACUCCGGCCUCAUCUACACGUACUCGGGCCUGUUCUGUGUGGUCAUCAACCCGUACAAGCAGCUCCCCAUCUACACGGAGGCGAUUGUGGAGAUGUACCGCGGCAAGAAGCGCCACGAAGUGCCGCCCCACGUGUACGCGGUGACCGAGGGGGCCUACCGCAGCAUGCUCCAGGAUCGUGAGGAUCAGUCCAUUCUCUGCACUGGGGAGUCUGGAGCCGGGAAGACAGAAAACACCAAGAAGGUCAUCCAGUACCUCGCCCACGUGGCAUCAUCACCGAAGGGCAGGAAGGAGCCGGGCGUACCGGCCUCCACCGGCACCAUGUCUUAUGGUGAGCUGGAGCGGCAGCUUCUUCAGGCCAACCCGAUCCUGGAGGCCUUUGGCAACGCAAAGACGGUGAAGAAUGACAACUCCUCCCGAUUUGGCAAGUUCAUCCGCAUCAACUUUGACGUUGCCGGGUACAUCGUGGGCGCCAACAUCGAGACCUAUCUGCUGGAGAAGUCGCGGGCCAUCCGCCAGGCCAAGGACGAGUGCAGCUUCCACAUCUUCUACCAGCUGCUGGGCGGCGCCGGCGAGCAGCUCAAGGCCGACCUCCUCCUGGAGCCUUGCUCCCAGUACCGCUUCCUCACCAACGGGCCCGCGUCCUCCCCCGGCCAGGAGCGCGAGCUCUUCCAGGAGACGCUGGAGUCCCUGCGUGUCCUGGGAUUCACCCACGAGGAGAUCACCUCCAUGCUGCGGAUGGUCUCGGCCGUGCUCCAGUUUGGCAACAUCGUCCUGAAACGAGAACGAAACAACGACCAGGCCUCCAUGCCUGACAACACAGCUGCCCAGAAGCUCUGCCGCCUGCUGGGACUCGGGGUGACGGACUUCUCCCGCGCCCUGCUCACCCCCCGCAUCAAAGUCGGCCGGGACUACGUGCAGAAAGCGCAGACCAAGGAGCAGGUGGGCGGUGCUGGGGGGGUCGGGGGGACGGGCGUGGGGAGAACCCCAGCCAAGGUCCCGGGUCUCAGUGGCUUAUGCCGUUUUUCCUCGCUCACUCAACCAACUUUUGCUGGGUGUUGGCCCAGUUACGGCUCUGGUCUGGGUGCCGGGGAUAAAAGCAGUGGUAGGAACACAGAUAAUACAAGAUCCAUGCUGCGGAUGGUCUCGGCCGUGCUCCAGUUUGGCAACAUCGUCCUGAAGAGAGAACGAAACAACGACCAGGCCUCCAUGCCUGACAACACAGGUGACGCCCCCUGCCUGCUGCCCACCCACAGAGCACCCCUGCCCAGCCGGCUGAACUCCUUCGAGCAGCUGUGCAUCAACUACACGAACGAGAAGCUGCAGCAGCUGUUCAACCACACCAUGUUCGUGCUGGAGCAGGAGGAGUACCAGCGCGAGGGCAUCCCCUGGACCUUCCUGGACUUCGGCCUCGACCUGCAGCCCUGCAUCGACCUCAUCGAGCGGCCGGCCAACCCGCCUGGGCUCCUGGCCCUGCUGGACGAGGAGUGCUGGUUCCCCAAGGCCACGGACAAGUCCUUCGUGGAGAAGGUGGCGCAGGAGCAGGGCGGCCACCCCAAGUUCCAGCGGCCGCGGCAGCUGCGGGACCAGGCCGACUUCAGCGUUUUGCACUACGCGGGCAAGGUCGACUACAAGGCCAAUGAGUGGCUGAUGAAGAACAUGGACCCUCUGAAUGACAAUGUGGCCGCCCUGCUGCACCAGAGCACAGACCGGCUGACGGCGGAGAUCUGGAAAGAUGAACAGGGGGGCUUCCAGCAAUUCUCUUUCCUUGGCUCCUUCCCACCGGCGCCCCCAGGAUCUUCAGGGAGGCUCGGCUCUGCCAUUUCUCCGCCAGGGGUGGAGGGCAUCGUGGGGCUGGAGCAGGUGAGCAGCCUCGGGGAUGGCCCCCCGGGUGGCCGCCCCCGCCGGGGCAUGUUCCGGACCGUGGGACAGCUCUACAAGGAGUCCCUGAGCCGCCUCAUGGCCACACUCAGCAACACUAACCCCAGCUUCGUCCGCUGCAUUGUCCCCAACCACGAGAAGAGGGCCGGGAAGCUGGAGCCGCGGCUGGUGCUGGACCAGCUGCGCUGUAACGGCGUCCUGGAGGGCAUCCGCAUCUGUCGCCAAGGCUUCCCCAACCGCAUCCUCUUCCAGGAGUUCCGGCAGCGGAUCCAAGCCCUAGAACUGGACCCCAACCUCUACCGCGUGGGACAGAGUAAGAUUUUCUUCCGGGCGGGGGUCCUGGCCCAGCUGGAGGAGGAGCGGGACCUGAAGGUCACGGACAUCAUCGUGUCCUUCCAGGCGGCUGCCCGGGGAUACCUGGCUCGCAGGGCCUUCCAGAAGCGGCAGCAGCAGCAGAGCGCGCUGCGGGUGAUGCAGCGGAACUGCGCGGCUUACCUCAAGCUGCGACACUGGCAGUGGUGGCGGCUCUUCACCAAGGUGAAGCCGCUGCUGCAGGUGACCCGGCAGGAUGAGGUGCUGCAGGCGCGGGCGCAGGAGCUGCAGAAAGUGCAGGAGCUCCAGCAGCAGAGCGCCCGCGAGGUGGGCGAGCUGCAGAGCCGGCUGACACAGCUGGAAGAGGAGCGCACCCGCCUGGCAGAGCAGCUUCGAGCAGAGGCAGAGCUGUGCUCUGAGGCCGAGGAGACCCGGGGGCGGCUGGCAGCCCGCAAGCAGGAGCUGGAGCUGGUGGUGUCGGAGCUGGAGGCCCGCGUGGGGGAGGAGGAGGAGUGCAGCCGCCAGCUGCAGCACGAGAAGAAGAGGCUGCAGCAGCACAUACAGGAGCUGGAGACCCACCUGGAGGCCGAGGAGGGGGCCCGGCAGAAGCUGCAGCUGGAGAAGGUGACGACGGAGGCAAAGCUGAAGAAAUUUGCGGAAGAUCUGCUGCUCCUGGAGGACCAGAACACCAAGCUGAGCAAGGAGCGGAGGCUGCUGGAGGAGCGGCUGGCCGAGUUCUCCUCCCAGGCCGCCGAGGAGGAGGAGAAGGUCAAGAGCCUCAAUAAGCUGCGACUGAAAUACGAGGCGACGAUUGCGGACAUGGAGGACCGCCUGCGGAAGGAGGAGAAGGGCCGCCAGGAGCUGGAGAAGCUGAAGCGGCGGCUGGACGGCGAGAGCUCGGAGCUGCAGGAGCAGAUGGUGGAGCAGCAGCAGCGGGUGGAGGAGCUGCGGGCCCAGCUGGGCCGCAAGGAGGAGGAGCUGCAGGCCGCCUUGGCCAGGGCGGAGGAGGAGGGCGGGGCCCGCGCCCUGCUGCUCAAAUCCCUGCGGGAGGCGCAAGCGGGACUGUCCGAGGCCCAGGAAGACCUGGAGGCAGAGCCCUGGGCCCGGAAAAAAAAGGGCGAGCUGGAGGACACGCUGGACUCCACCAAUGCCCAGCAGGAGCUCCGGUCCAAGAGGGAACAAGAGGUGACGGAGUUGAAGAAGGCUCUGGAGGAGGAGACACGCAUUCACGAGAUAGCGGUGCAAGAGCUGAGGCAGCGCCACGGCCAGGCGCUGGGAGAGCUGGCGGAACAGCUGGAGCAGGCCCGGAGGGCUGAACUCGAGAACGUGUCUGGGGCACUGAGUGAGGCCGAGUCCAGAGCCAUCAGGCUGAGCAAGGAGCUGAGCAGCACAGAGGCCCAGCUGCACGAUGCCCAGGAGCUACUGCAGGAGGAGACCAGGGCAAAGCUGGCCUUGGGGUCCCGGGUGCGAGCCUUGGAGGCUGACGUGGCCGGGCUACGGGAGCAGCUGGAGGAGGAGGCGACGGCCAGGGAGCGGGCCGGCCGUGAGCUGCAGACCGCCCAGGUCCAGCGGCUGGAGCGGGGCCGCCGGCGGCUGCAGCAGGAGCUGGACGACGCCACCAUGGACCUGGAGCAACAGCGGCAGCUCGUGAGCACGCUGGAGAAGAAGCAGCGCAAAUUCGACCAGCUCCUGGCAGAGGAGAAGGCCGCUGUGCUGCGGGCGGUGGAGGAGCGCGAGCGGGUGGAGGCCGAGGGCCGGGAGCGUGAGGCCCGGACCCUGUCGCUGACUCGGGCGCUGGAGGAGGAGCAGGAAGCGCGUGAGGAGCUGGAGCGGCAGAACCGGGCCCUCCGGGCGGAGCUGGAGGCACUGCUGAGCAGCAAGGAUGACGUGGGCAAGAGCGUACAUGAGCUGGAGCGAGCCCGCCGGGCGGCAGAACAGGCGGCCAGUGACCUGCGAACGCAGGUGACAGAGCUGGAGGACGAGCUGACGGCUGCCGAGGACGCCAAGCUGCGCCUGGAAGUGACCGUGCAGGCUCUCAAGGCCCAGCAUGAGCGAGACCUGCAGGGCCGAGACGAGGCUGGCGAGGAGAGGCGGCGGCAGCUGGCCAAGCAGCUGCGGGAUGCAGAGGUGGAGCGGGAUGAGGAACGCAAGCAGCGCGCCCUGGCGGUGGCCGCGCGCAAGAAGCUGGAGGCGGAGCUGGAGGAGCUGAAGGCCCAGACCUCGGCCGCGGGGCAGGGCAAGGAGGAGGCGGUGAAGCAGCUGCGCAAGAUGCAGGCCCAGAUGAAGGAGCUGUGGCGGGAGGUGGAGGAGACACGCACCUCCCGGGAGGAGAUCUUUGCCCAGAACCGGGAGAGUGACAAGCGCCUGAAAGGGCUGGAGGCGGAGGUGCUGCGGCUGCAGGAGCUCACACCAAAGUCCCCCAUGUUCGUGUGCAAUGAAAAAAAGGCCACAGGACUUGUGGCAGCCAUUCUGGACGAGAAGCGGCAGCUGGAGGGGCGCCUGGGGCAAAUGGAAGAGGAGCUGGAGGAGGAGCAGAGCAACGCGGAGCUGCUCGGUGACCGCUACCGCAAGCUGCUGCUGCAGGUGGAAUCACUGACCACAGAGUUGUCCGCUGAGCGCAGCUUCUCAGCCAAGGCCGAGAGCGGGCGGCAGCAGCUGGAGCGGCAGAUUCAGGAGCUCCGAGAACGCCUGGGUGAGGAGGACGCAGGGGCCCGGGCCCGCCAGAAGAUGACCAUCGCUGCUCUCGAGUCGAAGCUGGCCCAGGCCGAGGAACAGCUGGAGCAGGAAAGCAGGGAGCGCAUCCUCUCCGGCAAACUGGUGCGCAGAGCUGAGAAGCGGCUUAAAGAGGUGGUGCUGCAGGUGGAGGAGGAGCGGAGGGUGGCCGACCAGCUCAGGGACCAGCUGGAGAAGGGGAACCUUCGAGUGAAGCAGCUGAAGCGGCAGCUGGAGGAGGCUGAGGAAGAGGCCUCCAGGGCUCAGGCAGGUCGUCGAAGGCUGCAGCGUGAGCUGGAGGAUGUCACAGAGUCUGCUGAGUCCAUGAACCGCGAGGUGACCACGUUGAGGAACCGGCUCCGACGCGGGCCCCUCACCUUCACCACCCGCACAGUGCGCCAGGUGUUCCGACUGGAGGAGGGUGUGGCAUCAGACGAGGAGGCCGAGGAGGCGGAGCCAGGUUCUGGACCACAGCCCCAGGAGUCUGAUGGGCCCCAGGAAGUGCAGCCCCAGUGACCCCUCCCUGUUCCUAGCCAUCAGCCCCUCCCUCCCUGGCCCUGGAGGGUGCAGGUCCCAUGAACCCACCCUGUGGCUUCUUGCACUUUGGAAAUGGUGCCACCUGCUGGCACCACCCACUUAUCAACCGCACCCCAGAGGGCCCCCUGAGACCUCCGUAAACGCAGAACACUGAAGAGCCCAGGUUGGGAGCAGGAGGCAAGGACUGGGGCUCUCUCGCUGGAGUGGAAAUUCGGGUGUAGUUUGCACGCUGUGGACCCAUACAGCUCCCAUACUUACUUCAGAUGUUAAUGGUCUUUAUUAGGAAAGGAGCAUGGCCCCCCUGCCCUCCUCAGCCAGGGCGGGCCAUGGCCUCUCCCCCCACCCUCCCCCCGCCUUACCCCAGUCUCCCAGGACUCCCAGCCUUUGAUUCCUGCAGAGGAGCAGGAUAAGGGGGCCUGUCUCAUCCCACUCUUUCCAUGCUCUGCCCUCCCUUCUGUUGCUAUUGUGUGAUCACAGUCUGCUCUGGUUAGAGUCCCUGUGGGGGCUGGAGGGGUCUCCCUGACUCUCCAGCCUCCAGCUCUGGCAGAAAUAAACUCCAGCCCCAACUGGA